GUCGCGCAGUUACAUUGUAACGGAACCGGUUUGAAGGUAUGUCAACGCGAGCUGUCAAAUGGAACCGUUUGCCGUGCGGUUGUUUGAAGUGUUCAUUUCGAAAGAUCGUAGUAGGCAUGGAAAUUGUAUGCCGUACACGGUGAGCCCCGCCGAAUCGAAACCAUAUUACGUAAUGGAGCCUUUCGAGAAGCUGAACGCACGGACCUCAACGCCGAUAAAAAACAUAGAAAAUCCGGUCCAAAUGGAACGCACGGCCGUCCUGGAGGACAUUUCAAUGGGGGAGGAUACACCCGACGAGCUGCAGGCAACGGUCGUCGUGCCCGUCGUGCCCGUGGUGCCCGAGGAAGCGGACGAAAAAAUGGAGGCUACUGAGGACAACUCCACGCUGAAAAUGGACGACGCUCCGGCAGACGAUACGGCGGAGUACGAUUCACUUGAUGAUGAGCUGUGUUGGAUGCUCGAUCAAUCAUGGAUUUCCAGGCGCCCUGCUCGUUCGGAUAGCACUUUGGGCAUGCUAUCGAAAUCGAUGUUAAGCUCUAGUGAUGAGGACACCCCGGCCGAAAAAUGGCCGCCAUAUACACCCAGGCAAAAGCGUCGGGUAUCGUUUGAUGAUAGACCGGUAAUUUUCGGUGACAGAGGGGUAAAACGCCCUCACCCCCCGGGCCCAUCGUCGGAAUCGUCCGAUGAUGACGAUAGUUCUUUCUGGGAGUGCCUUCGUCGCAGACACAAGCCGUUGAAAUCUCCCGAGCCGGGGCCAUCGGGGCUGCAGAAACGGCGCCCACCAACACCUGCAACCGCCCGUCGGGUAUCGUUCGAUGAUAGACCGGUAAUUUUCGGUGACAGAGGGGUAAAACGCCCUCACCCCCCGGGCCCAUCGUCGGAUUCGUCCGAUGAUGACGAUAGUUCUUUCUGGGCGUGCUUCCGUCGCAGACAGAAGCCGCCGAAAUCUCCCGAGCCGGGGCCAUCGGGGCUGCAGAAACGGCGCCCACCAACACCUGCAACCGCCCGUCGGGUAUCGUUCGAUGAUAGACCGGUAAUUUUCGGUGAAAGAGGGGUAAAACGCCCUCACCCCCCGGGCCCAUCGUCGGAUUCGUCCGAUGAUGACGAUAGUUCCUUCUGGGCGUGCUUCCGUCGCAGACAGAAGUCGCCGAAAUCUCCCGAGCCGGGGCCAUCGGGGCUGCAGAAACGGCGCCCACCAACACCCAAAGACGCAAAGGAUGCCGAGCAAUGACGGGGCUCCAAGUUAAUUCCUAAAUUCCGAACGAACUU